AUGUCCACCAUCACCCACGUGGACUCCGGUGACAGCGACUCCGAUUGCUCCAUCGGGUUUUCUCUUCUCUUCGGCGACGACUCUGCUGCACAGAUUGAUUCUCCCAUGGCGCUCCCUUACGCCGCGAUCAACGUGCACUCCUACGUCCCGAUGAAGCUUGACUUCCGCGCCGACAACUUCUCCAAGUGGAAGGCGUGCUUCGAGGCUCUGUGCGGCACUUUCGCCCUGAUGUCGCACAUCGACGGGACAGCACCUCCCAAUCCCCUCACCCCUCUGUGGAUUCAGGAGGACUGCUGCGUCCGUUCCUGGAUCUACAGCACCAUCUCCGACGCCGUUCACGACUUCAUCAUGGAGGCGGACCCGACGGCACACAAGCUUUGGGCCGGCAUCGCUGCCCGCUUCUGGGCGAAUCGGGCACCUCGUGCUAUCUUCCUGAGUCAGGCCUUCAUGACCCUGACUCAGGGGGAUCUGUCCGUCGAAGCCUACGGCCAGGAGAGGAAGAAGGCUGCUGAUCGCCUUCGUGACGUCGGCAGACCCGUCGAUGACACGAUGAUGGUGCUCAACCUGCUCCGAGGUGCCAAUCCUCGCUUCAGCUCCAGCUGCGACAUCAUCGCUGAUGACCCCGACAUCACCUUCUCCAGCGCCCUUGAUCGCCUUGCCCUCAAGGAGUUGCGCCUGGCCGAGGAGGCCAAGCUGGUCACCUCCACCGCUCUCAACGCCUCCACGCCCUCCGGCUGCGGCUCCUCCGGCCGCUCCUCCAUGCCGCCUCCUCCUCAGCAACUCCUGGCGCAGCAGCAACAGCAGGGCGGCGGCGGCGGCGGCGGUGGCCAGCAGAGGCGGAAGAGGAACAACAACCGCAAGGGCGGCGGCGGCGGCCAACAGCCGCAACAGCCACGCGCGCCCAACCCUAAUGGACCCUGGAUUUGCAUCAAUCCAUGGGGUCAGCAGGGUCAGGCGGGCGGCUUCGGCGGCGGCGGCCAGGGCUCGCGUGGCGGUGGACAACAGCGCGGUGGCCCUGGACUUCUCGGGUCUGCUCCCCAGGCCCACACUGCGGUUGCUGCGCAGCAAUCCGGCGGCCAGGCGCAGUGGGACAUGGCUGGCCUUGUGGCUGCUCUGCAGUAG